GAGGCAAAAGAAGCACAGCUGUAUGCGGAAACGGAGAAAAAGCUGUGGCCCAAUAUAUAUUCUUGUGCCUUCUAAACAUACAAAUACUUGCCUCCUCUUCUUCAUCCCCCUCCAUUUUUCUUCCUCAACAACGUCUUCACCAGCAACUAUUAGUGACAGCUUUAUUCUUUUUUAAAAUAUUCCCUUCUCUUUUCCCGUUCUCAAAGCAUUAAUGUUGUCGAGCGCCGUAGCAACAGCACAGCAGUGGUGGCAAGCAGCAGCUGGGCCAACGACGAUAUUGUGGCGGAUAGAUGGGGAAGAAUUGGGGGAUGUGAAUUGAAGUAACGCGACUACUCACCACUACUGUCCGCUUUCUUCUUCGUCUCUUUUCUAUCUAAAAAGCAAAAAGGGUCGAAAAAGCUAAGCGUCCUGGCCUAGUCACAUCGUUGCCUUGCCUUCUCUCGCCCAACCACCCCAGCAGUUGUUGUUGUUGUGGCCAACAAACAUUGCUUAGAAAGUAGUAUGUACUAUCUAUUAUUUGUUUUGAAAUCGACUU